UAAGGACACUAGUAUUAAGAUCACGUGACAUGCGUACGGCCACUUCACGGACGGAAUCUGCUGAAUGGCAACAGUGCAGUUAUUUUUCUAUUAUUAAAUAUUUUUUCCGUCAGAAAUUCGUCGAUAUUUUAUAGCCGUCAUUACGAUAAUGAGGCUACGCGUUCAGCUGCAGUGUAAGAACUUGCAUGAGUACCUGAGAGAGCUGAGUCCUGAGAUUUUGGACAGACUGUACAACCAUCCAGCAACAUGUCUGGCUGUCUACAGAGAACUCCCCUGUUUGGCCAAGAAUUAUGUAAUGCGUAUGCUGUUCCUGGACCAGCCUCUUCCCCAGGCAGCAGUAGCAUUGUGGGUGAAAUUAGACAGUCAAAAGGAUCAUGAUGAAUGUGUCUCGGUGUUGGCAGGACUCCGCCUUUGGCACAGUCAGCAGCUGCAGGGUGGUCUGCAGGGAUACAUUUUAAAUCCAGUGUUCAAAGAAAACCUGAGGAUUGCUCUCCUUGGCGGGGGCAGAGCAUGGGCAGAUGAGGGCAGCACUCUGGGUCCUGACCGCCACGCACGGGACAUUGAGAGUCUUGACCGCUACGCCAUGGAGCGCUGGGAGGUCAUCCUGCAUUUCAUGGUGGGUUCUCCCUGCGCUGCUGUCAGUCAGGACCUGGCUCAGCUGCUGGUUCAAGCAGGCCUCAUGAAAAGUGAGGCAGGAGAGGCACCCUACAUCACAUCAGCUGGAUUCCAGUUCCUCUUAUUGGACACAGCCUCUCAGCUUUGGUACUUCACCUUGCAGUACCUCAAAAGUGCACAGUCCAGAGGGAUGGACCUGGUGGAGAUCUUGUCCUUCUUAUUCCAGCUCAGUUUUUCUACUCUUGGCAGAGAUUACUCAGUGGAGGGCAUGAGCGAGUCAUUACUCACCUUCCUGCAGCAUCUGCGGGAGUUUGGACUUGUCUUCCAGAGGAAGAGGAAGUCAAGACGCUACUACCCCACCAGAUUAGCCAUCACUCUGGCUGCAGGAGUUACUACCAGCUCUUCACCCUCCUCCUCCUCCUCCUCCUCCUCCAAUUUGACUUCCACCACUGGUACUGGAGACGCAGGCUUUAUUGUGGUAGAGACCAAUUAUCGUAUCUACGCCUACACAAACUCUGAACUUCAGAUUGCGCUGGUGGCUCUCUUCAGUGAAAUGCUCUAUCGCUUCCCGAAUGUAGUGGUGGCUCAAGUAACAAGGGAGUCAGUGCAACAAGCCAUCGCUAACGGCAUCACAGCACAACAGAUUAUCCACUUUCUCAGGACUAGGGCUCACCCUGUCAUGCUCAAACAGACCCCAGUGCUACCUCCAACCAUAACAGAUCAGAUUAGACUGUGGGAGCUAGAGAGAGAUCGACUGCAGUUCACAGAGGGAGUGCUCUAUAACCAGUUCCUCUCCCAGGCUGAUUUUGAAGUGCUGCGAGACAGAGCCCAGGGUCUGGGCUGUCUGGUGUGGCAGGACGUGGCUCACCGGGUGAUGGUGGUGACACCACAGGGACACAGUGAGGUCAAGAGGUUCUGGAAACGACAGAAGUCUAACCCCUAACUGGAGGAAGAGAAAUGAAGAGCAGUAGUAUCACACCUGCUUGCUGUUCCUCCUGUGACAGGAUUUUCUUUCAGCUACAGUUGUUCAUCGCUGUGAGUGCUGUAAGACAGUGGAAAUGAAAUAAUUUCUCUGUAUAUUUCAUGAAAUGUUGACUUUCAUGUAUCCUGAAUUAAAUACUGAUAAGAUGAUGAUACCCCUCUGCUCAUUCUACUUUCAUAUUGAGUAGUUAUGUUAUUUUCAGAAAAGUCAAUAAUUAAAUUGUGUCUGAUGUACUGUAGAUAAAGCAAUGUCUAAAGAUAGAUGUGUGUAGAUUUACAUGGACCAGGAUGCAUGUGCAGGUGUGUGAGCAUGUGAACAUUCAUUCGAUUUGUGAGUAGAAAACAUAAGAUUGAGGUGCUAAAACUUGCAAAAAAGCUGAAGGGCAGAGGUGUAUAUGACACUUAGCAUCUCACGAAGAGAAAUGCUGUAAUUGCACGACAAGCAAGUAUCCUGAAGAGGGAAAAGCAAAUUCAGGACACCUGGACAAGGAAAUGCAAAGUUACGAUAAGACAGAAGGGUACACCUGAACAGCCUUAAGUAAUAGCUGUCAGGGGCAUUACAGAUCUAAUAUAAAUCAUGAUGAAUAUCACGGUGAAAUACGAGGUAAAAUAUUGUUUGUGAGUGAUAAAGCUGAUAUAAGAGAAUGUGUGAAUACAGAGACUUCAAGCCUUUUGACUUUUGACCAAGUGAUCCACUUCUACCGGAACAUUAACAUAUGACCUGUGAAUAUUAUUUGUUUAUUUUAUUAUUAUUUUUUUUUAAUAUUAAAAUAAUCCAAACAAGACAAAUACCAUGAAACUGCACAAAAACAAAACAAAACCACUCCAAAACAAUACAACAAUUAAAACAAGAGCACAACAAAACAUCACAAACAUACAAAACGUAACCAGAGACAAACAAAUAAAUAGAAAAAUCUCAUCAUUCUUCUAGACUUGGCCUUAAUGAAUUCCAUUUUUAAUCAUAAUCAUUCCUUGUUCCCUGUCUGUUAGCAAUAAUAUCUUCCAACAUAAAAUAAUGUUUUAAGAACGCAAGAAAAGUGGGAAGUGUCAGUCUUUCUUUUCCUUUGCUUUCAAAAAUAAAUCUCUUGCCUAACAAAAUAACAGUGUUUACAAUGCUAGGACAUCUAUUUCCCAGUUCACCAACUAUUAUUGUUUGAGGGCACAUAUUUAACAUAAUUGAGUGCAAUGCCAGCCAUUUCUUAAUGUUUAUUCAAAAGCUCACUACAUGAGGACAAAACCAAAAUAAAUGCAAAAUAUCUUCAGCUUCAGAUUUACAAAAACGACAAUUUUCAUCAUCUUCCAUAUUCCAAAUAAAAGAGUUUUUCUUGUAGGCAAUAUUUUGUACAAAAUUUUCAACUGAAAAUAUUGUGAUUUAGUGUCUAGAAGAGAUUUAUAAGUUAAAUUAUACACAAGUGCCCAUGGCAACGGGGUAUCGAAUUUUAACCUCCCAGUACACUUGAAAUUUAAGUGGUUUAUCAUUCAAAUCAUAUGCCUGCAAGAAAAAUGCAUACAUAAAAGAAUUUAUCAUUUUUCUUUUAAGCCAAAAACAUUUUUUAUGAAAGGUUUACACAAUUUCCUUCCCGCGUUUUUCAUAUUUCUCUUCCAGUCUGAAGGCACUGCAGCUACUAAUUGGUGAUAUCUAAAUUCUGAACAGAAAAAUCCAUAAGUUUCACAAAAAAUUUUGUAAGAAUAAAUGUCACUGUUCAAAUCAGUUAUAUUGUUUAUAAAAAUAAUACCUUUUUGAACAAAUUGUUCCCAAAAGAUAGGUAAUCUGUUAAUUAAUAUACUAGAAUUGAGCAAUAUCAUUUGUUGUAAAAUGGCGUCAACAGAAUCUGGUGGGAAAUACUGGAAAUGCAACCAUGCUUGUAUCAUGUCUAUAAAAAAGGGUGAUAAAUUAGAGAGGAUUUUUUUUGUAUACAUUGAAAAUGGAUUUUUGCAAUCUGAACAAAUGGAAGAAGUUUAUACUUAAAUACUGGAAGAGUGUUACAAGUAAGUUGUGAAGAGCUCCAAUUGGGAUUCCAAUAUAUUUUCUGUGACCAUGAUGCUUUUAAAGACAGGUUUAAUGCUUUAAGAUUAAUUAACUUUACUCCUCCUUCAUUCAAGCCAUUAUAUAUAUAUAUAUAUAUAUAUAUAUUUACACCUGAUUUUUUUUUUCUUGUUUAUUAUUCCACAUAAAAUUAAAGACUAUUUGAGUAUAUCUUUUAUAAAAAAUUUCAUCAGGCGAUGGAAGAGAUAUUAACAAAUAAGUAAACUGAGAGUUACACAAUGAAUUAACAAGGGUGACUUUACCAAAUAAGGAUAAUGUUGAUUUCCAUGGACAUAAUGUCUUCUCCAUUUUGUUAAGCUUUCUCUCAAAGUUUAUUUUUAGAAGUUCAUCAUUUGUUUUGGAACAUGAAUACCAAGGACAUCUAUUGGUCCACCUGACCAUGUAUGUUUUGAAUUGCAAUAAAGUUUAAAUGUGGAACCAUGUAAAGAACCUAAUCACAAAAUAAUACAUUUAUCAUAAUUUGGCUUCAGGCCAGGCAGAAUCGCAAAAUCAUCCAACUCUUUUAGAAGGGCAUUUAAAUAAUUUUCUUUAGGUGACAAACAAAAAAUUGUAUCAUCAGCAUAUAAUGAAAUAUUUGAUUCUACUCCAUGACAAUCUAGACCUUUAAUAUUUAUAUUGUUUCUCAUUUUUAUCGCUAGUGUUUCUAUUACCAACAAAAAUAAAUAUGGAGAUAGGGGGCAACCCUGUCUGACUCCCCUAGAUAAUGGAAAACUUUCUGACAAAUAACCACUAUUUAUAAUUUUACUUGGUGGAUUAUUAUAGAGCACUUUAACCCAGUUUAUCAAGGAGCUUCCAAAAUUGAAGAAUUCCAAAAAUUCAUAGAUGUCCUCCCAUUUCACAGUGUCAAAGGCCUUUUCAAAAUCAGCCACAAAAAUUAAAGCAGGUUUUUUUCUUUCUCAUAAAAUUAAAUUAUCUCCAAAAAUGUCUUAUCUCCAAUGACUCUACCCUCCAUAAAUCCAUUCUGGUCUUUAUCAACAAUAUCAUGAACAACUUCUUUAAUUCUAGAGGCAAUGCAUUUAGAUAGAAUUCUUUUAUCAAAGCACAAUAAUCCAAUUUUUUUAAUUUAACUGUAUCUUUGUAUUGACCAUUUCCCUCUUGUUUUAAAAGAAGAGAGAUCAAGCCCUACUGCUGGGUUCCAGUCACUCUACCAGUCUCAAGUGAGUAAUUAAAGCAUAUUAACAAGGGAUGUUUUAUAUAAUCAUAAAUUAUCUUAUAAAAUUCGAUUGGAAUCCCAUCUAGACCUGGUGAGUUGCCUGAUUUAAAAGAAUUCAUGUUUCAUUCAUGCUUUCAUUCUCAGAGAUCAUACCAUCACAAUUUUGUUUCUGUGUUUCUGAUAAUUUUUUGUGAUAUAAAGCAGGGAAAAAGGAGUGGUAGAGAUCUGGUGGUGGGCUGCUCUGUUCUUCUAGGGUGUAAAUAUUUUGAAAAAAGGAUUUUCCAUCUUCUAAGAUUUCAUCUGAAGAUGAUAACACUAAACCAUUCUCAGUCACCAAUCGAGUCAUUUUUUCUUGUUUGAUUUUGUUGCAUAAGUUUCAAAAAAUAGGCUGUGCAUUUCUCACCCUUCUCCAUCCAUGUAGCUUUAGAACUAUUUAUAAUGCCACUGACUUUUUUAUGGUAAAGUCUCUCUAACUCUCUCUGUUCUGUCUUCAUUUAAACUGUUUAUUUCUUGUAGCAAUUUAUUUUCGUAAUGCACACAUAACUUAUGUUUCCAAGAAGAAUAUUUUAUGGAAUGUCCCCUAAAAGAACAUUUUGUGGUGGACACUAACUGGGAAUGUCACCUCAGAAUAGACAGCACAGGUGGAGGUGAUUAGGUGAUGUCAGCGUGGGCGGGGUGUGUUAAGUUUGCCCUGGCUGUUGUGGUGUAGAGUUUUGUUUGGAGUUGGAAGUCUGCCAGUAAAGAGAGACUCAGCUGCACUCCCGUCUACUCGUCUCCUUUUUAUCAGCUUCUACAUUGGUGACCCUGAUGUUUGAUUAUGUCAGUGGAGGCGGUGCCCCCGUAGUUUUUGCGGCUACAGUCAAGUUGCCGGAGUUUUGGCAGCAUGAUCUGGACCCGUGGUUCCAACAUAUCGAGGCGCAGUUUAACCUCCAGGGAAUCACAACGGACGGCACCAAGUAUUAUCACGUGGUCACAGCGUUAGACUCCUCCACAACCCCGCCGUGUGAUGGGAUUGCUGAGGGACCCACCGGCGGCCGGAAAAUACGACGCUCUGAAGGCACAGCUCCUACGGUUGUUCCAGCAGAACGGGCUGGUCGCCUGUUGUCCCUCAGUGGCUUGGGAGACAGUAAGCCUACCGAACUGAUGGAAAAUAUGCUAGCACUGCUUGGUUCUGGGGACGCUACGUUUCUGUUUAUACAGCUGUUCUGCCCGCACUGCUCUGGCCAAUUUGCCUCUGGUGUGCACAAAGGAUUACCGGGGGUUGGCGGAGGAGGCCGACAGGAUCCUGCUGGCGUCUCGACAAUACAGUGUGCAUGCCAUGCUUCCACCGCAGCCUCAGCUCCUGCUGGGGGAGAGG